AUGGGCUCUUGCUCAGACACUGGAGACCCAUAUUUUGAUUCCAAGAAUUUCUACAAUGUGCUGCGCUGGGAGAGAGUGGACAGUCCGGGUCAGGUGGUUCUGUACAGCGUCGAGUACAAUGUUUAUGGAAAUCCAUUUGUUCCGGUAAUGGAAUGCCAAAACAUCAGUGUGACUUUCUGUGACCUCACAGCGUUGACUGUCAAUGAUGGCUCUAGGUACUACGCCAGAGUACAGGCCAAUGGUCAACUGCUAGGCUAUACAGCACGCUUCAACCCCAUGUCCCGAACUGCAUUUGGUGCUCCUGAGGUGUCAGCGACUUACAAUGUGUCAUCGGUGAUGGUGACAGUCAGACUUCCACAGGGACCAGGCAACAGAUCCAUCGCAGACAUCGCAUGCCAAGUGAACUGCAGUUCAAAACCUCCCGUUGAGUACAAACUCACAAUAACCCAUCCGGAAUCAAAAGCAGGAAUGGUAAUUAUAGACACGUCUGGACGUUUUGUGUUCAAUCAUUCAGUACGUAGCACAGAGUACUGUGGAUAUGUCGUUUAUACCCUGACUCAUCCUGGAUCACCCCAACAGAGUGACAAUGCCACCUUCUGCAUCACUGUACCAGGUGACCCCUGGUCCCGUAUAUUCAUCGUACCCGGGCUGAUAGCGUUCCUUCUGCUUCUGAGCUUAUCGGCAGGUGUUUGCUGGACUUACAUAACAAAAGAGAAGAGUAUGCCUAAAUCCUUGGACCUGUCAAAAACUGGACAUGUCCUACACCUUAUAAACACACAGGACACUAUAUCCCGUGUAGUGAUAAGUCCACAAUUUUUCAGCCAAGUGGAACUGAAGACUGCUGAACCCUGUGCACUCACAAGCCAUGACAGCCCCAAAGACAGCAGCACCACGGAGGGGAGCUACGCUGUCCAGGUGUGCCACGCCCAGUCCUGUAGUAACCGUACUUACCGUGAUCAACAGCAAGUUUCAAGACAACAGUCCAGAGACAGUACGGGCUCCUCCACCAAUUAUAGUAUGGUGGUGCACGUCCAGAUAUCUACUUGUGACCCGAAAGAGGAUGCGAUAAACCUGAGCCAUAUCAAACCGUCUGGUCUGAAACCUCAGGAAGAAAGUGAACCAGUCUUGAUCUCGCAGAACGCUCCUCCAGGACCGGAGAUCGUCCCGCAGGACCAAAAUGAUUCAAAUAACGAUUUACUGAUGGUGCCGGUUUUGCAUAACAAAGAUGGCGUACUUCAAAUCCCUGGCUUAACAGAGAUGGAGAGUUCUACCUCAAAUCUUGGGAAUUGUGAAAAGAUUCCCCUUCUUUCAGGUCUCAUAUUUGAUUCAGACACAACACCUUCUCCGACCGAUUGGAUGGAAGACCUGGACGACCAAGACAGCGAAUCAGGAGAGCACUAUGCAACUACCUACGUUUCAAACCAAGUUCUUCUGCCUACCUGCAUGGAAUCCACCAGUUACCAUCCACAAAUAACUCCUCUGAACACACAGACCGGCAACUCAUCUAAUUACAGAAAAAACUGGGUUCCAGGGAUGCAAGCAGAGAUCCAGGAGCAGGACAGUUCGGUCAAGGGCAGGAAUUAUAUCCUGCAAACUUGGCCUGAUCCAGAUGAAACAGAGAAAUUAGGAACGGGUGGGAUAUUUUUGGAGGGAUGGAUGGUGCAAAUCAAAGGAUGA